UUCCAAACCAUGUAACCCCAAAUACAUACAGUAUAGCAUAUUGGAUCCUGAUUACUCCCCAAAUUGAUCCGUAAACACAUCAAAAUAGCUGCAAACUGUUUAUCACAUUCAUUUAGUUGUGCGAUUGUAUGCAUAUCAAGGUUCGUUUCUGUUCUCUCUCUCUUUUGUUUUUAAUCACGGUAUAUUGUUCUUAAUUAAUUUCCCCCCAAAUAAUUCAAAUUAAGCGAAAAAAGCCCUAAUUUUUCAAGUAAUAGUUUCGCUUGUUGCUCAAAUUUGAAGUAUAGAUAUAGAUAUAGAUAUAGAUAUUCUUGUUGGAAAGAAAAAUGUCAGAAUACAUUCCCUUUGAAAUCCAAACUGAAAUCAUCAAAAGGCUUCCUGCCAAGUCAGCCGUAAAAUUCAGACUUGUUUCAAAACCAUGGAAUUCUUACAUCGGAAGUUCCGAGUUUAUUAUCGCUCAUCACCGUCGCAACAUUCACCACCAGCCACCCCGUCUACUUGCUUGGUGCAAAAACCCAUCAGACGUUGACAUUUAUGUUACGCUUUUUGACGACGACGACUCUUUCUACCGACAAGACUUUACUCCCAAGUCUCAGGGUCUGAGUAAAGUACUUAUGGAUCUUAAAGUAGUUGACUGCUCUCUUGGCUUGGUGUGCUUAUAUGGUUCUCAUUAUCACGAUCCAUCAACAAGCGUUGCUAUUCUUUGGAACCCUUUAAUCAAAAAAUCCGUUCAGGUUGUUUUGCCGCCCUCUACUACUGCUUCUGCUACAAGAGUUUUGGCUGGUUUUGGGGUUUGCCCCGUCACUUUUGACCCUAUUGUUGUCAGCAUUAGCCUACCUUGGAAAGCUCAAGUUUUUACAUUGAGCUCAGGGACUUGGAGGAGCCUCAUGUCGAGCAAUCUGUCCCGUAGAAAUAUUAAUCUGCCAUCCGCUGGGGUAGGCUCUCAGAUACCUUAUCACACGCCAAUUUCUUAAAGUUUUCUAAGAUGCGAGACUCAAUUGUUGUGGUUGAAUUCAUGAGCGUAAACAUGGAAAUUAAUGUCGUUUGGGUUAUGGAAGAUAUUGUAACGAAAUCGUUCUCAAAGCGAUACGCCAUUAAAGCACCAAAUCCAACAACGAAGGACGUUCUAGGUUUUAGAAACAGUGGGGAAUCUAUAAUGGAAGCACAGUAUCAUGGUGAAGGAACACUUGAAGUUUAUGAACCGUGCUCAGAACACAUCAGUAAGCUUGGGAUUAAUGGAAAACCCUUUUCUUUCUUUGUAAGCCCUUAUGUGGAAACUCUACUACUGCUUGAUCAAGCAGAUUGUCAUAUUCAUGCCGACUCUGAUUGAUGUCCACGUUGUAAU